AUGGCUAGCCGUCAACUGAGAAAGCUCCAGAAGCAAAAGGAGCUGCUUAACCUCCAACAUGAGACUGCUGGCAAAAGUGGAGAGGAAUCCUCGGAUGACGAACCCAUCAUUACAAAGCCCCGUGGCAACAUGUUUUCUGGCUUUGGUGCCCUGCAGGAUGACAACGAUGAUGAUGAGAGCAACGAGGAAGAGGUCUCUCAUCAAGCACACCAGGAGCAACCUGAAGUCAUCGAACCAGCAACACCCGCCAAGACCAGCAAGAAGAAGAACAAAAAGAAGAAGAAGAAGGGCAAGCAGCCCAACCCGUCAGCCCCGGCUCAAAAUGAACGCAAGUCUAUCGACGAAGUCGACCGGGCCCUUGAGGAGCUGAGACUGGAGGAGCGCCCGUUAGGUGGUUCUACCGUUGCUGCAUCUGCCGAUAAGCCGACCAGCACCCUUGAUAACCUACUGCGUAUCAACUUGCAGCAUCUCAAGGCCAUGAACGAGAUGCGCAGGAUUUUCGGGAAGGCGAUAGAGGUGGCCGAUCUGGAGCAGCGGGCUGAGGACAACCAGCGGGGUGUGCUGCCUCGGGAGGGCGUGGAUCUGGAGACCUUCCUCAGUGCUCGUGCGUUCCAGAACCCUGGCCAGGGCAGGCCCCGAGGCAGCAGAAGUCAGGGAAACGUGUCCCAUGGCGUUUUUGACGCUGCUCUCCGCACGAAUCCUUUCAUCGACGGCAAGAAGACGUGGCCCCCGGGCCCGCCGCUGGGCCUCAAGAUGGUCCGCGUUACUGAUGAAUCGCGGGACCAUGUUGAGUUUGCUUUUGCAUUCGACGCCGGUUACGAUUCCCUGGAAGCCACCUUUUUCACCCUCGUUCAGAUGAUGGACCCCAUGCAGAUUGUCACUUUCCUGUAUCGGCACCCGUAUCACGUCUCUUCGCUUCUCCAGGUGAGCAAGGUUGCCCGCCAGGACCAGAACGCCGCUCUCGCAGCAGACCUCAUCGAGCGCGCCGUCUUCGCAUUCGGCCGAGUCAGCCUCAAUGGGUUCCGCAAGAAGCUGGAGAUGGGCCAGGCGAGAAUGAGCUUUGCCAGACCCGAGAACCGCCAGUUCUACCUCGCUGGCUGGAACCUCAUACAAAAACAGGUCUUGAAGGGCACCUACCGGACAGCGCUGGAAUGGUCUAAGCUCUUUCUGAGCAUCAACCACGACGACCCCUACGGCAUGGGCAACUGGAUCCACGUCCUCGCCAUCCGGGCAUACGAGCCAAAGUGGUUCAUCGACUUCUGCAACUCGGACUUCUUCAACGACCCCAGCAACAUCUACGCUAAACAAAGCCUCCCCCUUGCCUACCUCCAGCUCGACGAUACCCCCACCGCUAUAUCCACCCUCACCGAGGGCAUGAAAACCCUCCCCUGGCUCUACUGCGCCCUCUUCAGCGCGCUGAACCUCGACACCCCGCGCGCCGUGUGGGGCAUCCAGCCGCGCAACGACGACGAAGCCCUGCACACAAAGCUCUACAUCCACAUGGCCAAAGAGCUGUGGAACACGCCGCAGCGCAUCACUCUCCUCAACCAAGCGGCCGCCGCCAUCCCCACCGCCGUCCCGACCGCCAACCUGCCCCCGCCCACCCCCAUCUCCCUCGCCACCACCCGCUUCAUCUACCUCGACAACACCCCCGCCCUCAUGGCCGCCGUGCCGCGGAACCUGCUGCACGCCGCCUCGCCCAACUUCGAGUUCGACCCCAUGCCGCCCCCUCUGGCCGACAACGUGUUUUCCAGCCCCGCGCAGCGGCUGCCGUGGUCGUCCUUGGCCGGGGUGGGGGCCGGGGCCGGGGCGGGGGUGGGGGAACGGGGCCAUGCGCUCCUCGCUGCCAUGCAGGGCGCUGGUGCUGGUGUUGGUGUUGGUGAUGGUGCUGAUGCUACUCCUGCUGCUAUGGCGAGGAGUCUGGCUGCUGCGAGGGCGGCUAUUCUGGAUAUUGUGGAGCUGGUGGAGAAUCCGGGGAUGGUUGCGGAGCGUUUGAGGGCUGCUGUGAUGGGGCAGGGCGGGAAUGAAGAUGAUGAGGGUGGUGGUGACUGGGAUGGGGAUGGUCCGGAGGGGAAUGAGAAUGGGAAUGAAAAUGAUGAUGAUGAUGGCCGGGAUGAGGAUGGCUCGGAUGAUGAUGAGUUUGAGGAUGCGGUUGCUUUUCAGGGCGGGGCGGCAAGACAAUGGCUAUGGCUUGCGGCUCUGCGGCUCUGCGGAUCUGCGGUCAGCGAUGGACCUAUUUUCCCACGCUUGGAUAAAACCACACCCGACUGUUAA